UUAUGUCUGAGUCGUUGCACUGUGGAGUAGUUCGAGGAGUUUAGGCCUGCUCAAUCUUUUCUUGUGUUUUUUGCUUUACACCGAAUCUGUUGUUUUGGAGGGGUCAUAUUUGAGUUUUAAAGUUGUGAAGUUUGUGCUUCAUCCGAUCCGGUUCACGGCCUGUUCAAAGCGGGUCUGAACCGGGUAAGCAACUCCAGGCAGGUUCCGAAACGGAGACGAGGAAACUAAAUUGAGGAACCAAGUUGGAAAAGGAUUGACGAAAAAGUCAUAAGAUGACAUCUCGGAGGUGGUUUCAUCCUAACAUCACAGGGGUGGAAGCUGAAAAUCUGUUGCUUACUCGUGGAGUUGAUGGAAGCUUCUUGGCUCGGCCCAGCAAGAGCAACCCUGGAGAUUUCACUUUGUCUGUCAGGCGAAAUGGUGCUGUCACACACAUUAAAAUCCAGAACACCGGUGAUUACUAUGACCUGUAUGGUGGGGAGAAAUUUGCUACUCUGGCUGAGCUUGUGCAGUAUUACAUGGAGCACCAUGGGCAGCUGAAGGAGAAGAACGGUGACGUCAUUGAGCUGAAAUACCCGCUGAACUGUGCAGAUCCCACCUCGGAGAG